AUGUCUACCGCUCACACAGUGUACCUGCCCAUCCUUGACAUGGUCAAAGGUCACCUUGCUGUCAACUCGGUUUUUGUCUUUCUUGUCAUCGUCGUCGUUUCACUCAGAGUCCUUGGCCGUUGCAUAGGACCCGGACUCGGCUGGGACGAUGCACUUGUCGUUGCAGCCAUGCCGCUAGGCGUUGCAAUGCUCGUUUGCAGUGGUUUUUUCGCUCCUAUUGGCAAUGGUUACAACCUUGAGGAAUACCCUGAGCUUCUUGCCAAUGUUCCCUUUAUCCUUCAGCUCACCUUCGGCAUGCAACUUGUCUACGUUACGCUUCUUGCCCUCACCAAGGCCAGCAUGCUCUGUUUCUACCUUCGGGUCUUCUCGACACCCUGGAUGAAGCGAGCGUCCAUAAUCUCACUGGCUGUCAUUGCGGCUUGGUGGGUUUCCUAUGUCUGCGCCUGCAUCUUCAUCUGCGACCCCGUCAGCGCGCAGUGGACCGGCGUUGGCAAAUGUGGCCAGUACAUCUCCAUGAUCCAGUCCCUGAUUGCCACCAACGCCAUCGGCGACGUGGUCAUCAUGAUGAUGCCGAUGAAACAGAUCUGGAGUCUCAAGAUGCGCAAGACGGACAAGGUCGGUGUUUCGGCUUCGUUCCUUUUGGGCACGGCCUGCGUGGUCAUCGCCAUCUUCCGGUUGAUCUACAUCAGCACCGUCGACCUCAACAGCAACGUGACGGGAACCAUGUCGACGACUAUCUUGCUCUUCACCCUCGAGCCGAACUUGGCCAUCCUGUGCAUCAGCAUCCCCAUGCUCAGGCCCUUUUACGUCCUUUACAAGAAGCGGGUGGGCAGCAGUCGGCUCACCGAGGACAAGUCCGGGUACAACAACGGACCCAGCGGAAAUGGCUAUGUCAAGGACAUUUCAAACCACUCUUCCAACGGGAUGCCCAGCCGAUCUGCUCAGGGCAACGGAGCCCCUACCGGCAACUGGGAGCUGGACGACUAUAAGACGAACAAAGUGACCGUCACGACGACCGGGGAUGGAGCUAGCAUCGACAAGCCAUCCGUGAGGCCAAGCGGGCCCUUGGGCGACAUCCGGGUCGACACUGAGUGGCAGGUCAGCCGUGUGUAA